AUGCCUAACACAGAGCCAUUGCGGAUUCUAAUAGUUGGAGCGGGUAUCGGUGGUCUCACAGCUGCCAUCGCAUUCCGUGAGCAAGGGCACGAUGUCGAGAUUUUCGAACAAUCGAAGAUGGCGCAAGAGACAGGGGCUGCCAUCCAUCUAGCACCAAACAGCAACGGCCUACUACGACGAAUGGGUCUCUAUGCGGAAGACUUUGGUGGUGUCGAGUGCGUGGGUUUCACGAACAACCUGCCCAAUGGCCAGCCUCGCUUCUCAAUGCAUACUGGUCAUGCUGCCGAAAAAUGGAAACAUCCGUGGCACCUGGUCCAUCGGGGUCAGCUGCAUACUACUCUCAAGGACAGGGCCCUCAAAGAUGGAGCCAAACUGACGCUUUCCAGUCGGGUUGCUUCGGUCGAUCCAAAGACUGCUACAAUAACAUUCGAAGACGGAAAGAGCAUUCGAGGUGAUCUGGUCAUCGGAGCAGACGGCGUGCACAGCAAGACGCGCAAGAGUAUUCCCGGAGGUGACCUCAGACCUUUUGACUCAGGAAAGAGUGCCUUCCGCUUCCUCAUUCCAACAGAGGCGCUUCGAUUGGACCCGAUGACGGCUCCGCUUGUGGAGAAGGAGGGAUAUCUGACAAUGUGGAUAGGCGACGAUCGAAGAAUGGUCAUGUAUCCCUGCAACAGCGGAACGAUGAUGAAUUUUGUGGCUAUUCAUCCAAGCCGGGAAUCUGCUAGUGAUAUCUCAGGGCAAGGUGGAUGGCAAGAGCUCGGCAGCAAAGAACGUUUGCUCCAGAUCUACAAAGACUUUGCGCCAUCAGUACAAAGUAUUCUAGAGAAGGCGGAUGGCAGCAAACUCAAAGUCUGGAAUUUACUGGACAUGGCAGCCGUACCUGGGUUCGUCAACACAAGGCUUGCCAUCAUGGGAGAUGCAGCUCAUCCCUUUCUGCCUCAUCAGGGGCAAGGUGGUGGCCAGGCAAUCGAGGAUGCUGUCUCUCUUGCGGCUUUACUCCCCGCCGGCACCGCGGUUGCUGAUAUCCCCUCCCGAUUAGCACUCUACGAGAAGUGCCGAUACGAACGCUCGCACAAGAUUCAGGAGUACACACGAAUCGCAGGCAUGGAUCUUUCGGAAAUGGCCAAGCUUGGAAAGAAGAAUGACAUGAACGAAUAUACUCAUUACAAUUUCGGGCACGACGAACACGUAGCUUCGUCGCAAGCUUUGAGAAACUCUCUCAGCGUAGCGGAUACCAGGACACAGCCUUGGUCUGGGUGGCUAAGCAGUCUGCGGACUCUUGUCUCUUGGUUACGAUCGAUAUUCACUGGGAAGGUCAAGGACUUGUAA